AUGCAAUUUUGCCUAAUCAUCCCUAAUCUUGCUGUAUCACCAAAAAAACCAAUUCAUGGCCUUCUGAUCCAUGAACAACAGGCCCACUAUUUGUCCAGGUCCAUACGUCUCCAGCUCGAGGCCUUCUUCUCAUUUGUCCUGUUUCGGGCCGCAAGCCCAGGGAGCCCGCUUCAGCUCCAAGAGGUAGCCGUCGAGGGCAUCAUAAACUUCUGCCGCCAGCCGACAUUUAUCGUCGAGGCCUACGCAAAUUACGAUUGCGACCCCACCUUCCGGAAUGUUUUCGAAGAAACGGGCAAGCUCCUCUGCAAGUACGCCUUCCCCACGGGCGGCCACCUCACGAGCAUCCAGACUCAGGCCUUCGAGGGCCUCACCGUAAUUUUCCAGUACAUAGCCGAUAACAUCGACAAGGAAGACGACCAGACGCCAUCCGGCCCUUACCCGGUCGAAAUCCCUGCUUACCGACCUUACUGGGCCGAAAGGCCCAGAACGAACGAUCACGAGGCAUGGGUCGAUUACGUUCGGGUCCGCAAGGUGCAGAAAAGAAAGAUACUAAUAGCCGGCAGCCAUUUCAACAGAGACGACAAAAAGGGGCUCGAGUACUUGAAAGUCUCGCGUUUAAUAUCCGACCCGCCAGACCCGAAAGCAUACGCCUUCUUCUUCAGGUACACCCCAAGGCUCGACAAGACCAUGAUCGGGGACUACCUGGGUGACCCGGACGAGUUCCACCUCCGAGUCCUCAAGGAGUUCACCGACACGUUCGAGUUCACGGGCAUGGUCCUCGACACAGCCCUCCGAACCUACCUCGAGAGCUUCCGACUCCCCGGGGAGUCACAGAAGAUACAGCGCAUCCUCGAAGCCUUCUCGGAGAGAUUCUACGACCAGCAGUCGUCCGACAUGUUCGCCAGCAAGGACGCGGUAAUGAUCCUCUGCUACUCGAUCAUCAUGCUCAACACGGACCAGCACAACCCUCAAGUCAAGAAGAAGAUGACCGAGGAGGACUUCAUCCGAAACAACCGAUCCAUCAACGGGGGGAGCGACCUCCCGCGCGAGUACCUCUCCGAGCUCUUCCACUCGAUCGCCACGAACGCAAUCAGCCUUGACCAGUCAUCGUCGGGCCAGCCAGCGGCCGAGAUGAGCCCGAGCAGGUGGGUCCAGCUCGUGAACCGGGCCAAGGCCGCGCAGCCGUUCGCCGCGUGCGAGUUCGACCGGCGGCUCGGCCGGGACAUGUUUGCGGCCGUCGCGGGGCCCGCGGUGGCGACGGUGGCGGCGGCCUUCGAGCACUCGGACGACGAGGAGAUGCUGCACGGCUGCGUCGAGGCGCUGUUCUCGAUCGCCCGCGUGGCGCAGUACGGGCUCGAGGACGUCCUCGACGAGCUACUCGGCUCGUUCUGCAAGUUCACCACACUGCUCAACCCGUACGCGUCGGCCGAGGAGACGCUCUACGCGUUCAGCCACGACAUGAAGCCGAAGAUGGCCAUCCUCGCAGUCUUCACCAUCGCCAACAUGUUCAAGGACUCGAUCAGGGGCGGAUGGAGGACGAUCAUCGACUGUCUGCUGAAGCUCAAGAGGCUCAAACUUCUCCCGCAGUCCGUCGUCGAGCCGGAAAACGCGCCGAACUCGCCCAUGCCAGAGCUGAAGGACGCGAGGCUCGGAAACAAGCGGCGAGGCUCGGGAAUAAUGGCGAGGUUUCUGAAUUUCAUGUCGAUGGAGAGCGUGGAGGAGGCCUUGAACCUCGGGAUGGGCGAGUUCGAGCAGAAUAUGACUAUAAUACAACAGUGUCGAAUCGGGAGCAUCUUCAGCACGAGCUCGACGCUUCCUAUAGACUCUCUGCUCAACCUUGGCCGUUGCCUAAUAUUCGCGGCCGCCGGCAAGGGGCAGAAGUUCAGCACGCCAAUCGAGGAAGACGAGACUGUCGGAUUCUGCUGGGAGCUGAUCAGUCUACUGUCGUGCGCCAACGCACACCGGUUCCCAGCCUUCUGGCCCAAUUACCACGACUAUCUCCUCGAGGUAGCCCAGUUCCCGCUCUUCUCACCAAUCCCGUUUUCCGAGAAGGCCAUCGUCCAUCUCUUACGUACAUGCAUAAGCCUCCUUGCAUCUAACCGCCUCGAAGGCUCGGAAGAGCUCAUCUUCAAGUCGGUGAACCUAAUGUGGAGGAUGGAGAAGGAAGUGCUCGACACGUGCUGCGAACCACUCAUCCAGUCGGCCGCUCGAAUUAUUUCCGACUAUCCGGGGAGACUACAGACGCCACUCGGCUGGAUGUCGACACUCCACCUUCUUUCAGCCACGGGCCGCCACCCCGAGACAUACGAAAGAGGAGUCGAGGCACUAAUCAGCCUCAUGUCGAGCGGGACCCACAUCACGCGCGCGAACUACUCGUACAUAAUCGACUGCGCGUUCGCGUUCGUCGCCCUCCGAAACAGCAGAGUCGACCGAAACCUUCGGAUUAUGGACUUGCUGGCCGACUCGGCCCGCCAGCUCGUCGACUGGUACAAGGCCGGGUACUCGGACCCCGGAAGCUUCUCGAGCACUUCCUCGAGCAAUGCCUCGGUCGAGGAAGGCGCGCGGAUUUACAACCCGGUCAGCCUUUUCCAGCGACUCGGUGAGUCACUCAAGAAAACGAGCCUGGCUCGGAGGGAAGAAGUUCGGAACCAUGCAGUAGUCUCUCUCCAGAAGAGCUUUAUCCUGGCAGAGGAGCUUUUGUUCACGCCCACAAACUGCAUAAACUCGUUCUACAACAUAAUAUUCGCGAUGGUGGACGAUCUUCACGAGAAGAUGGUGCAGUAUUCGAGGAGAGAGAAUGCGGAGAGGGAGACGAGGAGUAUGGAGGGUACGCUGAGGCUGUCGAUGGAGGUUUUGACGGACGUGUAUUUGCAUUUUCUGAAGCCGAUUUCGGAGAGUCCUAACUUUAGGACUUUCUGGCUGGGGAUAUUGAGGAGGAUGGACACGUGCAUGAAGGCGGAUCUUGGGGAGUAUGGAGAGUUGAAGAUGACGGAAGUUGUCCCGGAUUUGCUGACGAGGAUUGUGAAGAGUAUGAAGGAGAAAGGGAUUUUGACGAUGGACGGUGAAGAUGAUCUGUGGGACACGACUUAUUAUCAGAUACAGUGGAUUGCGCCAGCUCUCACGGACGAGCUUUUUCCUGAGGGGCAGAAGAAUGAGGGUUAG